CCCUACAGAAAAAUGUUCCAAGGAACGUUGAGUCACAUGGUUCCAAGUCAAAAUGGCGGAAACAUCUGCUCCGUUUGAAGAAAGUGCUCAAAUUGGUGCUCAAGCYUCAGUUGUAGCACCUCCAAAGUUCGUCUUUGGACAGAGUAUGUCAGAAAGAGUAAAGGAUCCAUCGUGUAGUGCUGCGAAUGAGAAUACUCACGAAAAUCAAGAUACGAAUGGUUCUGAUAUGAAAGAAGAAGAUCGAACCUCAGCUAAAAAGAGGCCAGCAGAAGACGACAAUGACAAGGAAGACACUUCAGAAUCAGACAUACCUUCAUCACCAUCUCAUCCAGAAGGUCCCACCUCACCAGUCAAGAAAGUGGCCAAGGUGUUUAAAUGGACUGAGGAAGAAGAUGAGGAGCCUAAACAGUUCAAGUUAAAACCAUCAAUUUUGACUCAAGUAGCAAAGAAUCUAACAGGAACUGCUGCGAGAUGUUCUAAAGAUGAGGACAGUAAUUCAGCAACAACCCUUCCAAAGACAUUUGGCCUUUCCACCAGUGAGUCGUCUAGUAAUGAGACMAGAACUGGUGCUUCUGCUCCAGAACCCAUUAUUGGAACAUCAAAGAACUACUUUCAAAUGUUUUUGGAGAAGAAUAAUGAGUCAAUUGAAAAACAGAAGGCAGGCAGUUUUGUAUUUGGCUGCAAUAUGAGUGAUCGUGUCACAUUUGCCACUCACACUGAUGAUGAGAAGAAUGAGAGCAGUGAGAAUACGGAUAAACAGGAAACAGAGGAACCAACACCUUCUGAAGACCCCCCACAAGUUACAUCAGUCGACAAAGAACCCAAAACUCUUGAACAAGUAGCUAAGUCAUGUGUCAAUGAGGAUGGACCAAAGUCCCCUACAUCCUCCCCUGACAAACACCAUUUGUCUCUUGCUGAAGCUGCUAAAGUUUAUGAAGAUACGGCUGUUCCCUCAAAGUCUAAACUAGAACAUGUGGAAGUUGUCACUGGUGAGGAAGAGGAAAGAAAUGUGCUGAAGGUCAACUGUAGGCUCUUCAUGUUCGAUGUUGAUAACCAUAGUUGGAGAGAGAAGGGGCGUGGUCUUCUAAGACUGAAUGACAUGUGUCAAUCAAGCUCUGAAAGCACUUUCCAAUCUCGCCUGAUUAUGAGAACUCAAGGACAUCUACGAGUGACGCUGAACACCAAGCUCUGGCCAGAAAUGACAUUAGAAAGAGCAAAUGAAAGAAGCUUACGAAUAACUGGAUUUGAUGCGGACAAUGAUGUKAAAAUUUACCUUAUCAUGGCUGGACCAAAAGAUAUCCAACAAUUAUUCACCGCCAUUGACCGCCGAAUACAGUCUCUAAAACUAAACAAAGGACAGCAGCAUUCAGAAGCUGACUCGACUGCUGACACCUCCAAAGAAACAGACGAAAAUAUAGAUACGAAGAAAGAUGUCGAACAAGAAGUUGACUCGGAGUCAACUUCGACAGAGAAUCGGAGAGUCAUCGGCCAGGACUCGAGUAGCAAUGACUCUUGUCCAGUUGUUCGAAGCAAAGACAGUUUUAGUGAUGACGAGUGAAGGCAGAUUAGACAGAUUAGAUAAUUUGGGUGUAAACUGUUCCCUUUUUUCCCCUCGACCUAAACUCUAAAUUGUGGUGCGUUUUUUGUUGUUUUUGUUUUAUAUUUGGCCUUUUUUUUUGUUUCAUUUCCGCGGAUUUUCAGUUCGAUUUAUAAGAUGUGUUUUUUUUGUUAAUACUUUGAAAUUCUCAAAUUUAUGUACUCUUAAAAGAAUUUUCAGUAAAUACUCAUCUCGUCGACGAUAGUAUUUUAAUCCCAGUGCAAUUCGGAUCCAGUCCAAACCUUCGUUCUCAGAAAGGAUAAGGGUCUAGGAACGAGGUUGAUCCGAUGACGUCACUGCUGUCUGGCGAAAUGCAUCAUGGUAUUGAUUUAUGUAUCAAGAUGGCGGAAGUCUUAUAAAAACCGCGGAGGGCGAACUUUAUUUGAUAUAAUAAAGUUAUCCAUUUUUGCGAAAGAUUUUGAAUAACUUUAAAUAAGUUGGCUCCCUUUAAGUAUAUGCAAAGACCCGCCUGUGAAAUAAGUAUUUUUGGUUCGAAAAACAGCUUGCCAGAAUAGCAACAUAGCAACACACCUUUUCAGUUGCUCUUAGGCCUCGAUAGCGUGUUAAAUAUUCUUUUGAAUUUUCUAGGAAUGUGAGCAAUGCAAUUAUUGAUAUGAAUAGUCUCAUUUGUCAAAUUCAAAAGAAUAUUUAACUUGCUAUCGAGGACUAAGUGCAACUGAAAAGGUGUAUUCUAACAUUCGUCGAUCCCAUAAUGCAACUUUCCGAGAAUUGCGUGACGUCAUUAGCUGUCAGAUUCACAGAGUAAGCAGAUAUAAGUAGCUGAAGAAUUCUUUUCUUGACCCAAAUAGACAUUGUUCUACAAAAAUAAUGUCGGAGGCUCUUUGAGAGCUUAUUAACAUUGAACAGURUAUGAGGUUGCAUUGUAGGAUAAUUUAAUUUUAUCAAUGAAGUUACAAUGUCUAUAUUUUUGUAGAACUCGGAAUAUAAUAUCAUCGAAAUGUUUAUUGAUUGAGAUAACGUUUUAGACAAAAACUACAUUGGGGAUCAUUAUUGUUGCACGUAAUUGUGAAACAGUAGACUUCUAGUUUUAAAUAGAACGUGCAUUGGUUGUCAUCAUGGAGUGAUAGUUGCCAAUUCAUAGUUUCCAGUUUCCGCAGGCAACUAUCAUAGCAAACUACUCUAUUUUUAGUAUUCAACAACAAACUUUUCUGAAGCAGAGGUCUCUCUGAUAGUACCCUUCAGAGGCGGGUACUAUUGCCUCACGUGGUCGACUAUCCACCAAUGAGAAAGGAGGAAAAUUUGUUGUUUAACUUUAAUUAUAAAUUAGAAUAGUCUGCUAGUAUCCGUGAAACAAACUGUUAUAGUAUACGCAAGAAUGAAGGCAUUAAACCCGUGAAGCAAAACUGA